GUGAGGAGGAAGCGGCUUGAAGCGACCAUGGCGGGAGGAAUGAAAGUGGCAGUCUCACCGGCAGCUGGUCCCAGACUCUGGGGCUGGGGGCCUGGGGACGGUGGGGCAGUGCGGCUGCUCUUGGUCCUCUCCGGCUGUCUGGUCUGCGGCGCAGCUGGAACUGGUGUACAUGUGGUCAUGCUUCAGGAAUCCGAAGUUUAUUAUGACAGUUUAAGCCAACAAUUCUGUUAUAAAAAUGUGCUUGUCCCAAAGUGGUAUGAUAUAUGGACACGGAUACAGAUCUGGGUAAAUAGUUCCAAAUUGAUACGAGUCACCCAGGUGGAGAAUGAGGAGAAGCUGAAGGAACUGGAGCAGUUUAGUAUCUGGAACUUUUUUUCCUCCUUUUUGAAAGAGAAACUGAAUGACACCUAUGUUAAUGUGGGUCUAUACAGCACAAAAACCUGCCUCAGAGUUGAGAUUAUCGAGAAGGAUACCAGCUACAGUGUCAUUGUGACCCGGAGAUUUGACCCCAAACUCUUCCUUGUUUUCUUCCUGGGACUUAUGCUAUUUUUUUGUGGAGACGUGCUGAGCAGAAGUCAGAUUUUCUACUAUUCCACUGGCAUGAGUGUGGGAAUUGUGGCCUCUCUACUAAUCAUCAUUUUUAUAGUGUCCAAGUUUAUGCCCAAGAAAAGUCCCAUUUACGUCAUCCUGGUGGGAGGCUGGUCCUUUUCUCUGUACCUCAUUCAGCUAGUUUUUAAAAAUUUACAAGAGAUCUGGAGGUGUUACUGGCAGUAUCUUUUGAGCUACGUCUUCACAGUUGGAUUCAUGAGUUUUGCAGUGUGUUACAAGUAUGGGCCCUUGGAGAAUGAACGAAGUAUCAACCUGCUGACCUGGGCCUUGCAGCUGAUGGGCCUGUGUCUCAUGUAUUCUGGCAUCCAGAUACCGCACAUUGCCUUUGCCAUUAUCAUCACUGCACUGUGUACCAAGAACCUGGAAUAUCCUAUUCAGUGGCUGUACAUCACCUACAGAAAGAUGUGUAAGGCAACAGAAAAGCCUCUCCCCCCUCGCCUUCUGACAGAAGAAGAGUAUCGGAUACAAGGAGAGGUGGAGACCCAAAAGGCUUUACAGGAACUUCGAGGAUUUUGUAGGAGCCCAGACUGCUCUGCUUGGAAGACUAUUUCUCGAAUCCAGUCUCCAAAAAGAUUUGCUGACUUUGUGGAAGGCUCCUACCACCUCACACCAAAUGAGGUUUCUGUCCAUGAGCAGGAGUAUGGAUUAGGGAGCAUUCUUAUCCAGAAUGAAUUCUAUGAGGACACAUCCUCUGAGGAGGAGAACUCAGAUCCUUGCUGCCCCUCUAUCACACAAAACAACUUGCUGGCUUAGGUGGUACUCAGUUAUUUGUAUGUGGACUGACUUGAUAUCUGGGUGGUCCGUGUUGCAUAUGUUGUGAAAUUGCUUCUCACCCCUUUGAAAUAGGGUGAGAUAGUGCAGAAAUUCUCCUACUGAAGUUAGAGGCUUGCGUAGGCCUCCCUCUGGAACUGGCCUAGGUGGUCUCUGUGGGAUCCCUGGGGAAGGAGGGUGAGUAAGGUAAUGAAUGCUGCCAGCAGUUUGCUUCCCAUUGGUUGAACUGUCAGUCCACUUUUAUGUUCCGAAAGAAAUUGAUGGCUGGAAUGCCAUGCAUAGGUAGCAUGGUGUUCUGGUGCCUCUUGGAAAGUUGAUUGAGUUGUGGCAUUUCUGCCUGUAUUUUCCCAAUAGGAUAAUUUAAACAUUUGUGGCAUCUUUUGACUGUGGCUGGCCCUCAGGAGUGAGAUCAGUUAUAAGUGUAGUAAUGCUUUCAGACUAUAGGCUGCAUCUUCCAUAGAGAAAUCCACAAAUCUGAGCAUCUUUGACUUCUUUUAUUUCAGUGAUUUUAGAAUAAUCCUUGAUUUAACACUUUUUAGAGAAAGAUGAAUUUUUUCGUGUCUUGUUUUUGAAACGUAUUUUUAAUAAUGUCACAAGCUCAUGUUGCAGAACUAGCAAGCGCCCCAGAGUGACAAAGCCCACCAACGCAUAAAAUCCAUUGCCAUUGAGUUGAUUCUGACUCAUAGCAACCCUAUAGGACAGAGUAGAACCGCCCCAUAGGGCUGGUGGAUUUGACUGCAGCCGAGCUCUUAACCACUGCCACCAGGGCUCCAACAAAGCCCGCAGACUCCUACACAUUUAUUAACAUGAAUUUUCCUUUAAAGCCCCAGAAGUUGUUGUGGUUGGUUCAGCUUCGAAUUAGUUCUCAAACAUACACUAUUCUGAGUUCUGCUUGCCUUCAGAGGGAUCAUGUCUGUAGGUCUUCUUAGGCAAGGUCUGUUGGGCUUUUUAUUAUAUUCAACUUUUAAUUCCAUCUUAAAAAUACAUUUGCACUCUUCCCUUACCCUUCCUCCUCAGUUACCUGACUUCCUGCUUCCCUUUGUGAGGUGUCCGUUAGGUGAGGACCUAUGAAGUGUGUACAAUUGUUUGUUUUGUUUCUUAUGCCCUCUUUUUCUUGGUUUAUGGCAUUAUUCAUGCCACCUAGGAGAAGUGAUCUUAUUUUGGGGAUUUAAAUACUUUUUACAGGUUCUCUGUUUUUCCUGUCAAUGGGUUGUAUAUCUUUUGGUUACUAUGGAAUCAAGAAACUAUUUCCUUUUCCUUUCCCUUUCUUUGUGUGUUUACUCAUUCUGCCCAUUCCUUACAGCCUUUCCUCACCAAAAAAAAAAAAAAAAAC